AUGGCUCUUAGCUUUGGUCUUGACUAUUCAGGAGGAGCCAAACUAAAUCUUGAGAAGGCAGCACCUGUCAAGCCCAAAAGACACCCCUUGGAUAAAUAUGAAAACACUCCGCACUUCGACAAAAAUGCUCCAGAUUACGGUCGUCCACCGCCAGGAAGCAAAACGGAAGCAAGAGGUAUAAAGGCAAGUAUAUACGUCUGCCGUGAGGUUCUUUUUUUAAUGGAGACGAUAAACGAGAACGCUGAAGGAGAAGAACCACAUAAAUGGAUCAAAUUUGGGAAACUAUUUUACGUUUAUUCAUUUUAUUCUGGCUCGGUAGUUGGUAUAUUAAUUCGAGCCCGAAAAUAUGGUCUUGUCCAUUUCGAAGGCGAAAUGUUGUAUCAACGGCAAGAUGACGACAAGAAGAUCACAAUGCUAAUGGCUAUAGCUGAUAUUCGGGAGCGUUUGCAGCCUACUGGUGAUCCAAAAAAUUGUAUUACUGUUGUUGCUAAGUAA